AUGGCGGCAACAGCCGUGGUGCGACGCGCCCUGCUCCCGCGUGGCAGCGGCGCAACCCUCGGAAGCUUGCACCAGCAAGCUCCCGGUCUUCUGGCCCACGAUGGAGUCGCUGCAGUGAGAGCCUCGUUCCAGAGAGGAUUGUCGACCCUUCCGACCCGUUCUUUCUGGAAGGCCUUGCCACAAGCUUACACCAGACGAUCCCCGCAGCACACUGUCACCCCCCUCUCAGAAUUUCGAGCAUCGCAAUACUUCUCGGUAUGGGGCUCUCCAGCUGCUACACUUCGCCAACUCUCGACGAGCAGGGCGGUACAGCAAGAUGGCAGCAAGUCCAUUGAUCAGAAGGCUGAACCCGUUCUGGCGAGACAGCCUAAGCCGACUGGCGGUGUUGUGCCCAAAGACAUCCCGGCGGAUCCGUCUGCGCUGCCAUCGGAAUUUCGCCUCAGCGAGAAGGGAAGACAGGCUGCCCAGGUGAACUACAGGGCCCGCCUUUCCAAGGAAAAGGACACGAAGAAGAAGGCAUUCUGGGAAAGCUCAGGCGAGCUUACGCGCCUCUUGAAGCUCGCCCGCCCAGAGCUGAAGUAUCUCGGACUAGCUAUGGUCUUCCUUCUCAUGUCGAGCACAGUCACCAUGUCGAUUCCGUAUAUUGUUGGAAAAGUCAUGGAUGCAGCCACUCAAGAAUCGAUGGAGAGCGCAAGAAUCUUUGGGUUGACCCUUCACCAGUUCUUUGCUGGGUUUGCUGUCAUGCUUACCAUUGGUGCAAGCGCCAACUUCGGUCGGAUCAUUGUAUUGCGCAUCAUUGGCGAGCGUGUCGUCGCUCGACUACGAGCAUCACUGUACAAGAAGACCUUCCUCCAGGACGCUGAGUUCUUCGACGCAAACCGCACCGGUGACUUGAUCUCCAGACUGAGUGCGGACGCGAUCAUCGUUGGCAAGAGUAUUACACAGAAUGUUUCUGACGGACUGAGGUCGGUCAUUAGCGGUGCUGUAGGACUCAGUGCGAUGGCGUACAUGAGCCCUGGUCUUAGUAGUAUCAUUCUCUUCGCCGCUCCCGUCAUCGGAGUGAUCACCUUUGGGUACGCUCGCGUCAUCAAGAGGAUCAGCCGAGAUAUCCAGAAGAACGUCGGAACUCUCACAAAGAUUGCAGAAGAGCGCCUGGGCAAUGUCAAGACCAGUCAAGCUUUCACCGGAGAACGUCAAGAGCUUCAUCGUUACAGCAGGCAGAUCCGACGAAUUUUUGACCUGGGCGUCAAGGACUCCACGUACACCGCCAUGUACUUCGGCUCUACUGGCUGGAUGGGCAACAUGACGAUUCUGGCCAUGCUUUGGUUUGGAGGUGGCUAUGUGCGGGAUGGGCUUCUGUCUCUUGGUGACCUGACAUCAUUCAUGAUGUAUGCCGCAUUCGCCGGUAGCAGUCUGGGUGGCUUGAGCGGCUUCUUCACCGAGCUCAUGAAAGGUGUUGGAGCUGCUAGCAGACUGUUCGAGUUGCAGGACAGGCAGACUACUAUCUCGCCAACGAAGGGUGUGAAAGUGGUAUCAGCUCGCGGGCCUGUCGUUUUCGACAAGGUGUCGUUUGCUUAUCCCACCCGCCCAGCUGUGCCUAUCUUCACAGAGCUCAACUUCACAAUUCCUUCGGGCAGCAACGUCUGCAUCGUCGGACCGUCUGGAGGAGGCAAGUCUACAGUCGCGUCUCUGCUGUUGAGAUACUACAACCCAACGAGUGGAACGAUCUCGAUUAGUGGUCAGGACAUCACAAAGAUGAAUGCCAAAUCGCUUCGCCGACGGAUCGGCGUGGUAUCCCAGGAACCCGUUCUAUUCUCCGGUUCCGUUAAGGAAAACAUUGCAUAUGGUCGCCCCGAGGCUACAGACAUGGAAGUGUUCCAGGCGGCUCAAGAGGCCAACUGCCAGUUCAUCAAAGACUUCCCCGACGGCAUGGAAACGCAAGUUGGCCCUAGAGGUGCUCAGCUUUCCGGCGGGCAGAAGCAGCGGAUUGCGAUUGCAAGAGCACUACUGAAGAACCCUGAUAUUCUCAUUCUUGACGAGGCCACUUCGGCGCUUGAUGCCGAGUCGGAGACGUUGGUCAACAGUGCAUUGGCGAAGCUGCUCAGCGGUAACAGCACGACCAUCUCCAUCGCCCAUCGACUUUCGACCAUCAAGCGCUCGGACCAGAUCAUCGUUCUCUCGACUGAGGGGACUGUGGCCGAAAUGGGAUCCUACACUUCGUUGAGCGCCAACCCCGACAGUGCCUUCAGCAAAUUGAUGGAGUGGCAGAUGAGCGGCGGAGAGAUACCGGUGUCACAGACGCGACACCUUCCCCCCAUUGAAGAGGCAGAAGCCCACGAGGAAGAACUAGAGGAGCACGAAGAAGCAGAUAUGGAGGAGCUCAUGGAGGACGAGCCAAAGAACGAGAAGCGCAACUGA